AUGGGGCUUCCAUUGAUUUCAUUCACAAGUUUCUUUGCUGUUCUUGUUCUUCUCGUUCGUGCUCAAGACCAGUCAGGUUUUGUCAGUAUAGACUGUGGUAUACCGGACGAUUCAAGUUAUAACGAUGAAAUAACAGACAUCAAGUACGUGUCAGAUGCUGCAUACGUCGAGUCUGGAACAAUCCAUGGCAUAGAUACUCAGUUUCAGACAAGUUCUCUUGAGAAGCAGUUCCAAAACGUUAGGAGCUUCCCUGACGGCAAGAGAAACUGUUACGAUGUUCAGCCUCCGCGGGGAAAAGGCUUCAAGUAUUUGAUCAGAACACGGUUCAUGUACGGUAACUACGAUACUCUAGGACAAGCACCCGAGUUUGAUCUUUAUCUUGGGGUCAACCUAUGGGACUCUGUUAAAAUAGAUAAUGCAACACUGAUAGUUACCAAAGAGAUCAUUUACACUCUUCGUUCAGACCAUGUUCAUGUGUGUCUUGUUGAUAAAGACAAAGGAACACCGUUCCUGUCUGUGUUAGAACUCAGGCUCCUAAAGAGUGAUACAUACGAGACUCCUUAUGAUUCAAUGAUGCUGUUUAAAAGAUGGGAUCUUGGAGGGCUCGGUAAUGCUCCUGUCAGGUACAAAGAUGAUGUUUUUGACCGGAUAUGGAUACCUCUGAGGUUUCCAAAGUAUACAAUCUUCAACGCAUCUCUCACAAUAGAUUCCAACAACAACAAUGGAUUCAACCCGCUCGCUCUGUCAAGCCAAGACAUAAUCCUUUAUUGGGAACCAGAGGUUCCUACUUGGAGAUACUACGUGUAUAUGCAUUUUGCAGAAGUUGUUGAACUUCCAAGUAAUGAGACCAGAGAGUUCUCAGUGCUUCUGAACGAGAAGCCAAUCAACAUGACCGAUUUUAGCCCUCGCUUUGUUCAGAACCCCGUGAGCGGUCCAAGACUCGAGUUUCUUCUUAGACGUACUGGCAAAUCUACGCUUCCACCCAUGAUUAACGCAGUUGAAACAUAUCGAGUCAAUGAGUUUCUUAACUCAACUACUGACGAACAAGAUGUUCAAGCAAUUAUGGUGAUAAAGUCCAAGUAUGGAGUGAAGAAGAACUGGCUUGGAGAUCCAUGUGCUCCAGUCAACUAUCCUUGGAAGGAUAUCAACUGCAGCUACGUUAAUAACGAGCCUCCAAGAAUCGUUUCUGUGAAUUUAUCCUUCAGUGGCUUGACUGGCCAAAUUGAUCUAGCCUUCUUCAACCUUACCUCAUUACAGAAGCUGGACUUAUCAAACAACAGUUUAACAGGAAAAGUACCUGAUUUCCUUGGAAAUCUACAUAACUUGACAGAGUUAAACUUGGAAGGAAACAAGUUAGUGGGUGCUCUUCCGGCGAAACUACUGGAAAGAUCAAAUAACAAGUCGCUUGUGCUAAGAGUUGGCGGGAAUCCAGACCUCUGCGUGUCUGCUUCAUGUCAAAAAACGAGUGAGCAGACAAAGAAGAAUGUAUACAUCAUUCCAAUAGUAGGAUCUGUCGCGGCAGUGUUUAGUCUUGUAAUAGCAAUAGCUUUGUUCUUGAUGUACAAGAAGAGACAACCAAGAGGCGGUUCUAAUAGUGUUAGGACUGGGCCAUUGGACACAACAAAACGUUACUACAAAUACUCAGAAGUCGUGAAAAUUACAAACAACUUUGAGAGAGUACUUGGACAAGGAGGUUUCGGAAAAGUAUACCAUGGUUUCCUAAAUGAAGAGCAAGUCGCUGUCAAGAUUCUUUCUGCGUCAUCAACUCAAGGGUACAGAGAGUUCAGAGCAGAGGUUGAAAUUCUCCUGCGAGUUCAUCACAAGAACCUAACCGCACUUAUUGGAUACUGCAACGAAGCAGAGAAUAUGGCGCUUAUAUACGAAUUUAUGGCUAAUGGAACCUUGGGAGAUUAUUUGUCAGGGAAAAAAUCUUACGUCUUGAGCUGGGAGGAGAGGCUACAAAUAUCAUUAGAUGCUGCACAAGGGCUUGAGUAUCUUCACAAUGGCUGCAAACCUCCCAUUGUCCAAAGAGAUGUAAAGCCGGCUAAUAUACUUAUUAACGACAAGCUUCAGGCUAAGAUUGCUGACUUUGGGUUAUCUAGAAGCGUUGUUCCAUUGGACGGUACUAACCAAAGUACAACUGCAGUUGCUGGAACUAUUGGUUAUCUUGAUCCUGAGUACCAAUCGAUGCAACAGUUAAGUGAGAAGAGUGAUGUUUACAGCUUUGGGGUGGUUCUUUUGGAAGUUGUGACGGGCCAACCGGUGAUUUUACGUUCAAGAAUAACAGCAGAGAACAUGCACAUAACCGACCUGGUCGAGUUGCUUCUGUCCACAGGAAAUAUCAGAGGCAUUAUGGAUCCAAAGCUGGGGGGGAGGUUUGAUGCUGGUUCGGCUUGGAAGAUCACUGAGGUAGCAAUGGCGUGUGCAUCUCGUAGCUCUAAAAAUAGACCUACCAUGAGUCAGGUGGUUGCUGAACUGAAGGAGAGUGUAAGCAGAGCAGCAGCCGGUGGAGGUUCCGGCGCCAGUAGUGUUACAGAGCCCGCGAUGACGCAUGCUGACUCAGGAAUGUUUCCUCAGGCGAGGUAGAUGAUUGUUGAAUCCAUCUAACUUUCAACUUCCAGAAACUGGAAUGUUCUGUGUGGUGUGGAGUGAGAUUAUGAAGAAUAAGAACAAUGUUGAGUUUUGUUACCCUUGUCUUUUUGUAAGAUACUUGUACAAGAAGUUUCGUAUUUAAAAGUCUUUUGUCAUUAUCUCAGUUUGAUCAAUCUAUUAAACUAGAUGGGCUUCCAACUUAAAAUGAUCCGUUGUAAUGG